AUGACUGGUGGGUUUCUUACAUUACUAUCCUAUUUCAUAAUAGCAGUCUUCUUUGCGCUUUAAGUUCUUGAUGUAUACAAUCGUAAAAGCUCAAUUAAUACUGUGACACUCUAUAAAAGUUAUGACGACUCAGUAUAGACAUUUAAUGCCACAAAUUUUGAUUUCGCUUUUCAGUUAUUUCAGUUCUUUGGCAAUGAUAAACCAAUCGAUAAUUUUUUUAGGUAUGUCAGUCUAAGGGCUUCACAAAUAGAUCAGGUGUUGGUGCCUAAUAGUGAAGGAGUUCUGGAACAAUAAGUAAAAUUUACAGAUUUGGAGAUUGUUCCUUGUACUAAGGACAGAUUAUUUGGAUCUGAUUACUUUUAGAAAAUACUUGACUAGAAAAAUCAGAUGUUUUGUCUGAGAAGGAAUGAUAGCAUAUAUAUAACUGGAAGUACGAGCAUAUUUUCGCUAGCUGUCGACGCUUGUAACUAAAAUUACUUGGAUCAAUAUUACAAAGGAUAAAAAUGCGAAAAAAAUUAGACUACAAUUCUCAGAACUCUAAUGAAUAUGGUUUUUCUAACUCACACAACUAGUAGAUACUUUGAUCUCAGUGAAUUUGAGAAAGAUCCAAUUAAGGUUAAUGUGGAUUCUGAAUAUCAUUUCUUCGUCAGUAGCCUAUUUAGAUAAACUAACUUCUAUCUUAAAAUUAAUAAGGCGACAAGGAGUGACUCUAUGAUUUCAAGUCUAUUAGAAUAUCAUGAGACUGAUUACGUAGAAUGCCAUGUAGGGAGAGAAAUGAGUAAUGAUAGAAUAGAUGACUCUAAGCCCUACAUAUCAGUAGCAUUUAUGCUUACUAGUGAAUCAAAAAUAAUCGAUAGAUAGGUGUUUACUAUUGUAUAGGCACUCGCUAAUACAGGCGGUAUAAUAGGCAUAGUUUUCGGACUCUUCUCAAUACUGAUAGGACCUAUUUAGGAAUUUUUCUUUUUCCAAAGUUUUAUAGCUGAUAUGUUUCUGACUCAGGACAAUCCAGCUGCUGAGAUCUAGGAAAAAACAGUAAAAGAUAAACUUUAUAACAAACUGAACAUAAAGAGACUUCCUACAUAGGAUAUGAUCAUUGAUCUAAUAAAUUAAAAAAAUGGAAGCAAUUCGACGAGUAAAGUGUUUAUAUACGCGCAUUUGAUAGACCAAAUCGUAAAGAGACAGGCUUUUGUCUAUUAGACAAAAGAGCUGUUUGCAAAGUUUGUUCGGACAUUUAUCUUUAGAUGCAAGCAGUAUAAAAGCAAAAGAGAUCAUGAAUUUAAAAUAGCAAAGGAAUAAGUUUUAAAAUAAUUUGAUAUUGAGACUAUUCUUAAACAAGUAAAAGUAUCAUACUCAAUUUCUAAGGUACUUUUAUCCAAGUAUCAAAGACACUUAAUACCCUAUUUCAAAAGAAACUUGAUCUCAUAGAUUGCUGAUAAGCACUUAGUAUAAAAGCAGGUUUAGACUCAAGAAAAUAAGUAAAAUUAGAAAAAACAAGAGAUCAUUAGAGUAUAAAAAGAAGAGAAAAUAAGGAAUUACAUGGCAUAAGUAUUUACAGGGCUAAAUGAGCAGAAUGAAAAGGAUCAGAGAAUUCUAAAGAUGCUGUUCGUUGGGUCAGACGAAUAAGAGCUUAAGCUGAAUUUGAAGCAAAAAAUGCUCAAUGGAUUACUUAGACAAUUUUCAGUAUAAUCAGCAAGACAAAAGAGAACAAGAUCAUUGAAUGAGUCUAAUAUCACAGAUCUAGAUAAUACUUCCACUGUUAUUAGAACCAGGCCUAUAAUUGAGACUUAGAUCACUACACAUACUUAAUCUGUGAGGAUGAACAAAAAGAUUCCAAGUGUAUUCCAGCGUCAAGGUCAAGAUGAGGAGUAUGGGGAUGAAAUAAAGCUAGCGAUUUGA